GAGGAUGUCUUUGCUUUUGUUGCGUGCGAGUAGGAGUGUCUGUGCAUGGGAGGAGAGUACUAGAGGGCCCUGUGGUGUGUGUCAACCCUCUUAAAGCCUCUGGCUCUUUGCUGCUUUGGAGAUUUUAGUGGAUUUCUAACACAGCUUACAAAAGACCUUUUCCAACUGACUGAAUGGUGCAGGUCUUUCUUAGACCAAAUACACCCAAAUCAUACAAGGCUGAUAGAAAGAACAGAACUAGCUGCAGAAUAAUCCCUGAAGAAGACGCUGUUAAAGCAGCAAAGUGUAGGAACCAGCUGAAAAGACCUAUGUGAGAAGGAGUGAACGUGUCUCACUUAUCUUCACUCAUGGUGGAAAGCACAGAGCGGUGAGUCAAGGACUCUCGGUUAUAUCAAGAGGACAGCGAAAUAGAGGCCUACUUUUUCCAAGGCAAACCCAAGGAUCUUCUUCUGAGUCACCUGUCUGGGAUUAAACAAGCAUGGAGGAUUCUGGGGUCUCUUUUCCUUCUUUUAUGGCCUCCCGCUGGACCUUACCUGGCUCCCAAAUAGUGUCUCCUGCUGCAGAGCGGCUGCGCCACAUACUGGGUGAGGAUGAUGGCGCCCCAACACCCACAUUAUUCACUGAGAUGGACACACUACAGCAUGAGGGGGGCGAGUUGGAGUGGAAAGAGUCUGCGAGGUGGGUAAAAUUUGAGGAGAAGGUGGAGGAGGGAGGAGAGAGAUGGAGCAAACCUCAUGUCUCCACGCUGACCCUCCACAGCCUGUUUGAGCUCAGGACCUGCCUGCAGACAGGAAGCAUUCUGCUUGACCUGGAAGGCUACUCACUGCCACAGAUCGUGGAGGAGAUUGUGGAUCGACAGAUAGCGGAUGGUCUCAUUCCUCUGGAUCUGAAGGAGAAGAUCAUCUUUGUGUUGCUCAGGAAGCACCGUCACCAGACUAAGAAACCGAUCCACCGCUCCCUGGCUGACAUAGGGAAGUCCUCCAACACUGCUUCCAACCGUAGUCCUCAGGUUAAUCUGAGUCGUAGUACUAGUUCAGCUUCCGGGAUCCACCGCUCCACAGAAGACCUACGCUCUCGGCAGUCAAGCAGCCUUGGCCGCCUGCAUCAUGCUCAGAGCCGAAGCAUGAAUGAUAUUUCAGACACACCAAGCACAGACCAGCUGAAGAAUAAGUUCAUGAAGAAGAUUCCUCGUGAUGCUGAAGCCUCCAAUGUUCUGAUUGGUGAGGUGGAUUUUCUGGAAAAACCAUUCGUCUCUUUUGUACGUUUGGCUCAAGCCACAACUCUAGGAGGCCUCACAGAGGUCCCUGUGCCAACCAGGUUUCUUUUCAUCCUGCUGGGUCCUCACGGCAAAACCAAGUCCUACAAUGAGAUCGGCAGAGCUAUUGCCACUCUUAUGGUGGACGAUCUGUUCAGUGAUGUUGCCUACAAAGCAAGAGACCGUGAAGACCUUAUUGCAGGUGUUGAUGAGUUUCUGGAUGAAGUGAUUGUCCUUCCUCCAGGCGAAUGGGACCCCAAAAUACGCAUCGAACCUCCUAAGAAGGUUCCAUCAGCAGAAAUGAGGAAAUCCGUGCUCAACCUGAAUGAGCUGGGCCAGAUGAAUGGCUCAGCUGGUGGGGCAGCAGGAGGAGAGGAUGAAGAGCUUCCAGCUCCACAUGAGCUGGGAGAGGAGCUGAAAUUCACUGGGAGGUUUUGUGGUGGACUAUGGCUGGACAUCAAAAGGAAGAUCCCAUGGUAUUGUAGUGAUAUCUAUGAUGGCUUCCAUAUCCAGUCCAUCUCUGCUGUGCUCUUCAUCUACCUGGGCUGCAUUACCAAUGCCAUCACCUUCGGAGGACUACUAGGGGAUGCUACCGACAAUUACCAGGGGGUGAUGGAGAGUUUCCUUGGCACUGCUUUAGCAGGGACUGUCUUCUGUUUGUUUGGUGGACAACCUCUCAUCAUUCUGAGUUCAACUGGACCCAUUCUCAUCUUUGAAAAACUGCUUUACGAGUUUAGCAAGAGCAACAAUAUAGAUUACAUGGAGCUGCGUCUGUGGAUUGGCCUUCACUCAUGUCUGCAGUGUUUUUUGCUGGUGGUCUCAGACGCCAGCUACAUCAUCAAAUACAUGACCCGUUUCACAGAGGAAGGUUUCUCCAGCCUGAUCUCUUUCAUAUUCAUCUCCGAUGCCAUCAAAAAGAUGGCAGGAGCCUUUAAGUAUUACCCAAUCAACCGUGGCUUCAAGCCUGAUUACAUCACUGCCUACAAGUGUGAAUGCAUUGCUUCAGACCAGGCAUCUGCGCUGAAUGUUUCAGCUCCACUCGGAGAUGAUAACAUGACUCUGCUGUAUAACUUGACAGAUUUGGACUGGAGCCAGCUGAGUAAGAAAGAGUGUGUGAAAUACGGUGGCACUCUGGUGGGGAGCUCCUGUAAGUAUGUCCCCGACCUGGCCCUCAUGUCCUUCAUCCUCUUCUUUGGCACUUACUCCAUGACUGUUUCUCUCAAGAAGUUCAAGUUCAGCCGCUACUUCCCAACAAAGCUGAGGAAACUAAUCAGUGAUUUUGCCAUCUUCAUGUCAAUUAUGACCUUUGUGGGUCUGGAUAUGUUGAUGGGGUUAGACACACCCAAACUAAUCGUUCCAACAGAGUUCAAGCCAACACGCAUUGACCGUGGCUGGCUGGUGAUGCCAUUUGGUAAAAACCCCUGGUGGUGGUAUUUGGCCAGCUUCGUUCCUGCUCUCCUCGUCACCAUCCUCAUCUUCAUGGAUCAGCAGAUCAGCGCUGUCAUCGUCAACCGCAAGGAAAACAAACUGAAGAAGGGCUGUGGGUACCACUUGGACCUGUUCUGGGUGGGAGUGCUGAUGGCAGUGUGCUCCUUCAUGGGUCUGCCCUGGUACGUAGCAGCCACUGUUAUUUCCAUUGCACACAUCGACUCUCUGAAGAUGGAGAGUGAAUCCAGUGCCCCCGGAGAGCAGCCACAGUUCCUGGGAGUCAGAGAGCAGAGGCUGACAGGCAUUCUGGUGUUCGUUCUGACUGGACUCUCAGUCUUCCUUGCUCCUGUUCUUCAGUACAUCCCCAUGCCAGUCCUCUAUGGAGUCUUCCUCUAUAUGGGAGUGGCCUCGCUGAGUGGCAUCCAGUUUUGGGAGCGGAUCAAGCUCUAUCUGAUGCCAUCCAAACACCAGCCAGACUUCUCCUUCCUGCGUCACGUCCCGCUGAGACGCGUCCAUCUUUUCACCCUCGUCCAGAUCGUCUGUCUGGCUGUCCUCUGGAUUCUCAAGUCCACGUUCCUGGCCAUCAUCUUCCCAGUAAUGAUUCUGGGUCUGAUGGUUGUACGGAAGCUGCUGGAUCUGAUGUUCUCACAGCAUGACUUGGCCUGGCUAGACGACAUACUGCCCGACAAAGACAAGAAGAAGAAGGAGGAUGAGAAGAAGAAGAAGAAAAAGGCAGCAGAGCCGGAGAGCGACGAGGAGGAGAUGAACCCCUACUCGACAGUCACAUCCGAUCAAAAUGAACUAGACCGCAGCAUCACUCUGCACCUGAAGAUCUCCUGCCCCCCCUCACAUGUCAUCUCUGAGACGAGCCUCGCCCCAGCAGCCCCUCCUCCACCUUGCCGGCCUCCACGCCAGCCGCAGGUCAGCGUGAGGGUGGAGUCAGACUGCGAGGAGCCUGGUUUCUUCUCCACACAGCAGCAGCAGUUCAGCCUGUACCCCUCUAAUGAACCUCCUGAACCCCACAGAGAUGCUUCCAGGAUGCGGCGUCCUCCCGUCACUGACUCCUGCGCUGAAACCGUUCUAUGAGCCCUGCAGACUGAGCCAAGGUGCAGAGUCUUGUAUGCUGACUGCAGCUCAUGAUCCGCCUCAGCCACCCAACACACAAAAAGCUCCAUCACACUUAUUAACUGGAUUUCUAUCAGAUGUUUUAUCCACACCUUCAAAUUGUCCGAGCACUCAGCACUGUGAACGAACCUCCUGUAGUGACAUGGAUAGACAGAAACAACCAAAAUGUGUUAAUAAUAAAUGCAUGAAUCCUCUGUGAACUCGUGUUAGGCCUCAUCAGGAUCUUUAGUUUUCUUGUGCAUUUAAAAAGAGAUAGAGAAGAGGAAGAUUGGUGUGAAUUGUGGAUGUAAAGCCCCCAUAAAUGUAAUAAAAUGACAUUUAAAAUCUG